CCAUUGGCCAAAAAGGUCCAAUUAAAAAUUUUCUUUAACCUUGAAGCUGGCAUUUGGAAGAGACUCCUCUAUUCUCAAAACAUAAACGGUGCAUGAAAAGAGAAGUGAAACACAUGGCUUGAGCUUGCCAGGCCACUAAAUAGUUAUUCUAUUUUCUCCUGGGUUCUGUGGUUACUUACCUUAAAACAAAAUUUUAUUUCCAUGGGUACACGUGCAGGUACAUAAUUAGAGGGGGCCUUGGAGGGAGAGCUUAUUAUUUGUUUCUGUUUCUUAUAUAAAAUAAUAAUGGGUUUUGACCAGUCUGAAAUUAGAGAGGGUGGUCUUCCAUGCAUUAAACUACGUUCUUUUCCAUAAUCUUGCUCCCUUGGUUUCAUUUUGGUUCAAAAUCCAUCCAUCCAUUUUCCUUUUCAAAAAUUAUAGCUCUCUUUUGUUUGGGACCCUGCUCUAAAAUAUAAAUUCUUCAAUUUGUUUUUUUUUUUGUCAGGAAAAUUCUUCUUGACUUUGAAAUCAUUUCGUUUAUAAUUUAGUUUCUACAAAUAAUAGAAAUAAUUAAUGGUUCCUAUUUUGGCAAAAUUCUGACAAUAGAAUUAUUUUGGACCAAAAUAAGCAUAUUUUAACUUCGGUGUUUGGUCCAUAUACAAGCAAGAUUCUUGUUCUUGUUAUUCUCAUUGUCCCUGUGGUAAGUCUGUCUUUGGAAAUUGAGUCUCUCUUAAGUUGAGGUGACUGUUAUUUAAAUGUUAAUUCAGAAGCCUUAGGUGCUGUAAUACAUAUACCAUUACAUAUUUUAUUAUCAUUAUUACCUUUCGCGCCGAAAUUUGUUUACAAAUGUAGAAUAAAUAAAUAACAAAAAAUCAUCAUGGUUUAUGGCUCUUUAAUGGCUAUGGUGUUUAAGUCUAUCGUUGGUGGUUUUCCUUGAGAAAAUUUCUCCACAAUAAGUUUUUGGAAAGUAGACGAAGACAAUUUUAGGUGUGAUUAAAUCUAUCAAAAAAAAAUUAUAUUGUAACACAGCUUAUUCGUGAAUUGAUUAUUUUGUACGAACAGACCAAAGGCACGGAGCAAAAUAAAAUAUGUUUAAUCUAUGAAAAUAUGUCUAAAUCAUCAUUGCUAUUUUCCACCAAAUUAGACACAUGUAAAUUUCUUAAGGCACCACAAAAGAAAAGGGGUAAGAAAAAAGCAUGUGUCAGUCUUGGUCCUAAACCUAAACCUGUAAAAAUAAUAAAUAUGUACCACUAGGUAAGGUACCAUCAAAGUAAGCAAUAAAAAGAUGAAAAAAAAAUUGAAAAGAGGAGGACAAUCUGCAACAAGAACAAGGAAGCAGAAAAAACUUGGGAAAAAUAACUUAAACACACUAUUAACUCAUCACCUCUUUUUAGUAUGUAACAUAUUUGGUAUCACUGGAAACUUCACUCUUCAUCUUGCUUUAGGCAAGUUUUCAGGCAAGUGAGGGUAAUGGAGAAAAAGAAGAAGGAACAUAAACUAGCUUCUGCUUAUAGUCAAGAACCAGACACGAAUGAUCACUCUAACAAGGAAGACCAAGAUGAACAAACUGUGGGGAAUAAUAUCAAAACUCUUUGCCCUUCAAAUGACAAUGCAACAUCAGAAAAUAAUCACCACACCCCAGUUCUUCAGUGGCCAUAUACACCUCAGAAUAAUGCUGCUGUUGAUCAGUCUCCAUUGGCAUCAAAACCCCAUAUUCAUACUCAAUCACCUUCACCUGUCAUCAUAAGCCAAUGGCAUUUUCCCCAUCAGCAUCAGCAGAAUUUGACCAACCUUCAGGUCCCCCAAGGCCAGCUCCCAUUGAAUUAUACCCAACCAACACCUCCCUUUUGGUUACCUCAACGAACUGCUCACACCUAUCCGGGCAUGAAUGUGCCUUCACCAGCAUUUUCUCCAUAUGAGAUUACUUGGCAAGCUCCUGCUGCAGGACUAGGAAGUGCAUCAACAGCUCAAAAUCAGGUUCCCAGUGUGUGUUAUCCUUUUGGAUACUCAUACCAGGGCCUUCCAGGCCCUUGUGAUCCAUUAUCAUUAUGGGGUCAAGGUCAAGGUCAAGCACAACAAUCUCAACCUCUAUGCACAUAUGCAUUUCCAGGAACUUAUAAUUACUUUCCUUCACCACCUUCAGUAAUGCUUAACAGUUCCACAUCUACUGGACAAGUCAUUCAAAGAGGAGUAAUUAAAACAACAGCAAAACUUUCUCAGAAGCACCAGCAACUUUGGGAUGCUCAAUCAGCAGAGAAUGUUCAGCUAUGGAAUGUAAUCAAUCAAUUGCAAUCAGAGAUAGGUGAUUACAAGAACCAGUUAACAAGGCUAGAAGCAGAAGUUUCUUCUUUCAAGCCAAAAGUAGAAGAGCCUCCUGCUAGAACUUCCGGGACUGCAGUAGCUGGGCAACCAUCAAAGAGAGGAAGACCAAAGAGGUCAGUUGCAUCAGUUGAUGCUGGAGCUUCUCCUGAUGAGUCUCAUCGCCGAGCCAGAGCUAGGAAAUCAGCCACAUCUAAGGUUCAGUCUGAGACCAAAGAACAUAUUUAUGAAAAGGUUGUUCUAAAUAAGAUUGAAGAUGUAGACAAGUCACGCCAGUCCCUUGCUACUAUUGCUACUAUAGAACAAAGGUACAGCGAAAACAUGUUAAACAAUAAUGCUGCAAAUUCCAGUGGCAAUGUGGAGAUUAAUGGAAGAAAUCUUAUGAUGCCAUCAUUUAGUAAUCAAGCUCCUCAAAUAUGUGGAAUGGUACUCACACCCUCUUCUGAAAUGAAAUGUAGCAGUGAUAAGUCCACCGAACCGAAAACUGCCUACUCAAUUCUCUCUCAACAAGCCACAGCAAUGAGCACUAAUAGCAACAGAAGCUCUGCUGGUUAUCUGAGUGCAACUGUUAAUGGGAAUCUUGGCUGGUCUACUGCUAAUGUUACUUCUGAAGAAGCUGAGAGAAAGAUGUUAAGUAUAGGCUGUCAAGGUUUCUACAACAGUAAUGUAAUCAGACAAGAAGGAAAGCUUGUUCCUGGAUGGAGCUUUGUGAAUGGAGAGGAUGCUUCUGAAGAGCUUGAAGAUGCAGCUGUAUUAGGAUCAGCAAAGGAUGAAAAUGAAGAAAUGGAAGAAGAUGGCAGCUCAGAAACCGAAGAUAUUGUUGAAACGAAAGAUGAUGGCGCCAACAAUGAAGAUGUUGCAGUAGGUACUAGCCCCAAAGGUCUUUCUCCUUUAAAUAAUUGGUGAUAGAAUUCCACUUAUCCUAACUCACUUCCAUUUGGUUGAACUUUCAUGCGUUAUAUUAGUCCAUAAACAAGAAGAGCAAUGACAAAGAGGAAUUAUUAUGUGGUAAUGACACUGCUCAUUUGGGUUCACUUUCAGUACAGAGAAAGUUUGGCUCAAAGUUUUGUAGAGGGCAGGAUGUUUUUAACCGUGGAAACUUUAGUAGACAUUCGAAUGAUCAUAAUUGGUGCAUAACUUAAGCAGUUUCUACAAUUUGUUUUGUUUAAACUUUAUCUUAUUGAAUUAGUGAAAGCACUAAUUAUCAGUGCUAUGAAUUUUGUUACAUACAGUUUUCAUGAGUAAUGACUGUGUUUGUG